GCUGACGGAUCGGAUAGCGUGUUGCUGGGUUGUUGAAUCCGGGGGAGAAGCAGGGAUGGUGGCCACACGAGCUGCCACGUUGCGGCAGCAAAGGUGCCCGCUGGAAGACGUCAUCGCCUCUCCGCCGGUGGUAUGCGCUGAUGUAGUAUUUAGCGGCGGCGGGGCAACCUCUGCUGCUGCUGUUUCCGGCUUGGAGGCGAAGAUCAAGGGCACAAGUAUUUCAAGUAAUACUAGUAACAUCAAACGCGGAUCGGGAUCUCGAUCUGCCUCGUUGAUAACUUCUCGCGCAAAGGCAGCGAACCCCAAGAGGCGCAGGAGCAGCAUGUCGGAGCAGGCAGAUCGAGAUUCCGAUCCUCCUGCUGCUGUUGGCGAGAAGAGGCCGAAGUUGAGACACCCACACGCCAUGCGCGGUGGCGCCUCGGGUCUCGAUCUCUCUGGGUCGGGAGCGGGAUCGCAAGACACAGGGAAGGCGCUGGUGAAGAUGAAAGCGAAGAGGAGGAAGAGGGAGGGGAGAAUGAUGUCAAAGACGGCCAAGAAGAAAAAUGAUGAUGAUGAUGAUGUUUAUGAUGAUGAUGACGAUGAUCUUCAUGAUACUUGUGCUGCUGCUGGUGCUGCUGCUGGUGCUGCUGAUGAUGAGGAGGAGGAGGAAGCGAAGGAGGAGCAAGAGGAGGAAGAGGAGGAAGAGGAGAAGGAGGAGGAGGAAGAGGAGGAGGAGGAGGAGGAAUAUAUUGAUGAUAGCACUGCCACUGCAAAAGGUCGGCGUAGUAGCUGCUCUGGUGGGAGGAAGCGAAGUCGGCAGAGACAAGGCCAAAGCAGCAACAAGAGGAUCAACGAAUCCGAAGCAAGAAAGCAAAUGAAAAGUAGUCGGGGGUUGUGGGGGGUUUGUCGUGGGCGUGGAGAGGAGCACCCCUCCUCCACAGAUGAUAGUAGGAUGAGGACACGUGUCGAAAGCACGGCUGAGGUGAUGAUGAUGGCUUUGCCGGAGACGACGCCUUCUCACAGGAUCGCGGAUAUCGAAGAGUGCCCUGCUGGGACGGCGAGCGGGGUCUAUGCCACGUGGCGGCCGCAAUUCGAUCACGCGGAGAGGGAGCAGAUCCGACGCAAUCUUCUUGAUUGGUAUGACCGCAAUCAUCGAGUUCUUCCAUGGCGGCAGAACUUAUGGUCCAAGCUGCUGGAUCGGGAUCGGGACCAGGGUCGGGGUCGUGAUGAGGCAUCGGUCCACGUGGGGGCGGUAUAUCGUAAUCAUAAUCUAGACCGGAGGGAGGAGGAGGAACGCGACGAUGACAGGUCCUUGUUAUCAUCAAGAAGCAAGAACGACCUCCUCACGCAGCAGCAGGAGCAGGAGGAGCAGCAGGAGCAGCAUCAGGCCGGACAGGUGCUGUUGAGAGGGAGAGCGAGAGGGAGAGAGAGAGGGAGAGAGAGAGGGAGAGGGAGAGGGAGAGGGACAGGGAGGGGGAGGGAGGGAGAGAAGGAGAAGGAGAAGGACAAGGAGUGGACGGAUGUAUCCGAUUCCCCGCCCAACGUCGAGAUGGAUUCGUCUGGAAGUCGUGCAUACGCAGUCUGGGUCUCUGAAGUCAUGCUGCAGCAGACACGUGUCGCGACUGUAAUUGAUUACUACAAGAAGUGGAUGGGUAAAUGGCCCACAGUUGCCGAUCUCGCCAAGGCGUCUAUAGAGGAUGUGAAUCAGGUCUGGGCGGGACUCGGGUACUACCGCCGCGCUCGCUUCCUUCUGGAGUCUGUGAACACCGGCACCUCUCAAGUACCGCAUCAGUUCAGACUGAUGUCGACGGAACAGGACACCGGGGCACUGCCACGGCGCAGUGCCAGGAUCGCAGUUCGUGCCCGCCCUGCGGUACCUCCAAGACCCAAGAGAUUCAGCAGACGGACGACUCCAGCGGCAUCAAGUACGGCAUUGAUAGUACAAGACACCACCGGAGAUUUUCCCGCAUGCCCGGUCCGAGAGGCCAAUGAGCCGUUGGCUGACUAUUUUGGGCGACUACAGGYAUUUAUAGAUACCGUAGCUGCCGCCAAGGCUCAGCAGGAGGCAGCAGAGGCAGAACGUCAGCGGCUGGCCAAUGAGGCGGCAGCCCAAGCUCAGCAGACUGCUGAGGCYGACGCAGCGGCACGAAACAGACGGAAUGCCGCCAGCACGGAGUCCCUGAUUGCUAGUGAGCAUCAGUGGACAACGUUACUCCAAGRCAUGAUCUUUGUGCCUACGGAAACGCAGGCGGAACCRACACAGGCGGAGGCAGAGAAAAGUAACCUGGCUACCGUGAUGUUGCACGUAAUGAGGGGAGUAAUGUGGAACAAUAAACUACUGCAGGCACACCUGCACGCGGAUCGUCAGCAAAGACAGCARKACCAGCAAGACCAUGCCGCUGUAACGGCCGACGUCUGCGACGCAGCAGUGCAGCAGCAGCAAYAGCAACARCUAAUGAACUCUACCAUYGCACGCAUCAACGGCAUUGAGGCCAAGGCCUCAGCAGCRCCAGGCUGCACGACGGACGCGACGAAGCAAAUCAAUGAACGCAUCGAUCACAUCGUCACCAUCAUCGGCGACAUAGGUGUUUUCAACGGACCGGACACGAUCAGCAGCACGGUGGCCGCCCUCAAGACGGACAUCACCAAGCUACAGACGAGACCGGACGCCGCUACAAAUACAUUAAAGAUGCCACACUUCGACAUCUGCAAGUUCGACGACUACAACAAGUCGGACACUUUGACAUGGUGGCAACGUUUCCUCACGGAAGCGUCAUGCCGCACUGUCCCGGCGAAUGACAUGUUGAAGGCACUCUAUUUGCAACUGAUUGGAGGAGCGCAGGCAUGGAUGAACCACCUGGCGGCCACCCACAAGUGCACCAUCGCCGAACUCCACACGCACAUCACGUGGAAGGAGUUCGAGCAGCUAUGGUUCACCCGGUUCAUGGUCCGCAACGUCGUGAAGGCGGCCAUGAAUGAGGUGUACACAUGCUCUCAGGGGAACAUGCCAACUCGAGACUGGACAACGAAGUGGCAAAAGAUAGUGACCACGCCAGGAUUCGAUUUGAGUUUUCCAAAUCAACGAUCCGAGUUCUUCUCGUGAUCGUGCGCGGGAUUGCGGUCGACACUCGGUAAUGAGUACGACUAUACCACAUUCCAGGCCAUUCUGGAUCGAGCGAACUUGGUCAUCCAAACGGACGACAAGGCCGCUAACGAGAGACAAUCCCAGCCGCAUUAUGUGGCUAAGCAUGCCUAUCAACGUC